UUAAAACGCGCCCUCAUCUUCCUGGAAGUUGCUCGCCAGCGUGAGAGGGAGCAGAAGACAGAGAGGGUUGAAGCUCAGAAGUUUUCUCUCUCUUUCGUCAUCGAUUCCGGAACCCUUUCGUCUCCCUUUCCCUCCCUCCGGCGGAAAGCCCUAAUGGACACGAAGGUCAUAUCCACCGGGAAGCGGUACACCGCCCUGCCGGAGAGCUACAUCCGGCCCGAAUCCGAACGCCCGAAGCUCUCCGAGGUCUCCACCUGCGAGGACGUCCCCGUCGUCGACUUGGGCUGCCCCAACCGAGCCCAAAUCGUCGAGGCCAUCGCCUACGCCUCCUCCGUCUUCGGCUUCUUCCAGGUUGUGAACCACGGGGUGUCGAAGGAGGCGGUGGCGGACAUGCUGCGAGUGGCGACGGAGUUCUUCAGCAUGCCGGUGGAGGAGAAGCUGAAGCUCUACUCCGACGACCCUUCCAAGACAAUGAGACUGUCCACGAGCUUCAACGUCAACAAAGAGAAGGUCCACAACUGGCGAGACUAUCUAAGGCUUCAUUGUUAUCCCCUCGAGAAGUACGUUCCGGAAUGGCCUUCGAACCCUUCUUCAUUCAAGGAUGUUGUGAGUAAUUACUGCGAGGAAGUGAGAGCUCUAGGAUACAAAAUUGAGGAGCUGAUAUCGGAGAGCUUGGGCCUGGAAAGCGGUCGCGUGGCCGGGGUGUUGGGCGAGCAGGGUCAGCACAUGGCCGUGAACUUCUACCCGCCGUGUCCCGAGCCAGAACUUACCUACGGACUCCCGGCCCACACGGACCCGAAUGCGCUCACCAUUCUCCUUCAGGACUCGCAGGUCGCGGGCCUUCAGGUCCUCAAGGACGGCAAGUGGCUCGCUGUCCAGCCCAUCCCCGAUGCCUUCGUCAUCAACAUUGGCGAUCAACUGCAGGCAUUGAGUAACGGGAAGUACAAAAGCGUGUGGCACCGGGCGAUUGUCAAUGCUGACAAGCCGAGGAUGUCGAUUGCCUCAUUCCUCUGCCCGUGUGACGACGCGCUGAUCAGCCCGCCGGAGUCACUGGUAGGAGAGGGAUCUGUAGCUGUGUACAGGGACUUCACCUAUGCAGAAUAUUACAAGAGGUUCUGGAGCCGGAAUCUGGAUCAGGAGCACUGCCUGGAGCUUUUCAAGAACUCGCGCAAUUCGGCAGGAAGUGACACAUCAUCCUCCAUUCUCGGAACGGGUUAACUCCACAGGCUCUCCCUGCGGUUUAGUGAAAUUCGACAAGCACGUUCUGCUGCUCAAAUUGUCUUCUGCAACUUCUGUCAAAGGAGGAGGUCCGUCCUUAAGCUUAAUGAAAGUCUUUGGCUUCUUGAUGCUGAGAGUGUUGGCCUCUAUUGUUAAGCUUUGUUUUUGGUUCGGACACAAGAAGGGACCGACGCUC